AUGACGAUUAAGUUUUUGGUCUUAGUAAUUACUGUGAGUAUUGCAGCGCAUAAUUCCAGUGGUGUAAUUUUGGAUCGUGGAGAUACGCUUCGAUUGGGGGAUUGGCUCACUGGAAAUCAGACCCUUAUUUCCAAGAAUGGCACGUUUGCCUUGGGAUUUUUCAGUCCCAAAGGAACAAAUAAUUGGUAUAUUGGCAUCUGGUAUACCCUAAUCUCUCAAAAGGCCACAGUUUGGGUGGCUAACAGAGAAAAUCCUGUCAGAAACAUGCCCGGCGUUCUCAGAUUUUCAGAAAAUGGUCAUCUCAGAUUGUUUGAUGGAAAGGGCCGGUCGGUUUGGUCAACUGCUGUUGGCCAGACAGGAUCACGAGCUAUAAUAACAGACUCUGGUAAUUUUAUUAUGCUGGACACCUACAAAUCUGCAAUUGUUUGGGAGAGUUUCGCGCAUCCGACAGAUACAUGGCUGCCUGGCAUGAAGAUGUGGAAAGGCAUGACAAUAACUUCCUGGAAGAAUACUUUGGAUCCUGCAAGUGGGCUCUUCUCUUUCCGAAUGGACAUGUCUCCGGGAAAGACACAGAUGAUAAUGUUCUAUAAUAACACUGUUCCAUAUUGGUCCAGUGGAGAAUGCUCUGGGAAUUCUUGUACUAAGGUUCCCGAAUUGCAAGUCAAAAAGAAAGUUCUAGCGUCCUCUGUGAGGCUUUCUCCUUCAAGAAUAUACAUUGUUUUUGGCAUUAGCCCGAUAGAUCAUACCCUCACGGGACGAUUCGUGUUAGAUGAGAACGGCGAAUUACAACUGUACUUCUGGAUGGAUGAUGGUAGAUGGAGUAUGAGUUGGUCGACGCAUCGAGGUCAAUGCAGUGACUAUGAAAUCUGCGGAGCGUAUGGACUUUGCAAUGCGAAUGAUGUGUGUAGCUGUGUCCAGGGCUUCACGCCCUACAACGACUCUCGAGGUUGGUGGUCAAGUGGGUGCUCUCGGCGAAGACCCCUGCAAUGCUCUGCUACAGAGGGCACAACCGACGGCUUUUUGGAAGCCAAGAACCAAUACUUAUCUGAAAAAGAAGCCCUCAUAAUCAACAACGAGCCGACACAGCAAGGCUGCCAGACUGCUUGUCUCAACAAUUGCUCCUGCACAGCCUUUGGUCUCGCUAUUUCUGAUCAACCCGUCUGUAGAUUGUGGUUUGGCAAUUUAUGGGGAAUGCGCGUUUCAUCAGGGGGCCAAUCCGUCUUCAUUAGGCUGGCUUCUUCUGAGUUGCGGCACUCCACGUCAGAGCGAAGGAACAAAAGUUUUCGCCUUACUAUUUUACUUUCGGCCGCCGCAUCCUUUUUUGUUGUUUCAGCUCUCCUGUUAACAACAUUUAUUCUGUGGAAACGUCGAAGACUGGUGAAGAAAAACGUGGAAGAGGAGGUGCCAAUGUCCCUCAAAAAGUUCAGUUACAAAGAGCUGCGAAUUGCAACGGAGAAUUUCAAGCAUAAAUUGGGUAGCGGAGCAUUUGGCUCUGUGUUCAAAGGAACUCUGCCGGACAACACGAUUGUUGCGGUUAAAAGAUUAGAGGGUUCCACGCAAGUAGAAAAACAAUUCCGUGCGGAAAUAAUCACCACUGGCAGAAUACAGCAUGUGAAUUUGGUCAGGCUGUGGGGGUUCUGCGUAGAACAUUCACGAAGGUUACUUGUGUAUGCCUACAUGCCCAACGGCUCCCUAAAUUCCUUCCUCUUCUCCAAGUCGGAAGACGUGGAGAAGGUGUUGGACUGGACGACCCGGUUUCAGAUCAUACGGGGAACUGCACGAGGAUUAGUUUAUCUCCAUGAGGAAUGCAGGGAUCGCAUCAUUCACUGCGAUAUUAAGCCUGAAAACAUUCUCCUGGACGGUGACUUUAGCCCAAAGGUGGCAGAUUUUGGACUAGCGAAGCUGGUAGGUAGAAAUUUCAGCCGCGUACUGACAACCACAAGAGGAACUCGUGGGUACUUGGCUCCCGAGUGGAUCUCUGGCCUUCCUAUCACUCCCAAGGUGGACGUAUACAGUUUUGGCAUGACGCUUUUGGAAAUUCUAUCAGGCCGAAGAAAUUUGGAUUUAACAGUAGAGGACAGUAGGACGUACUUUCCUACCUGGGCUUCAUCUCAAAUUCAGAGAGGAAACAUAUUGGGCGUUGUGGAUGCAAGAAUAGCAAGUGAGGUAAAUAUCGAAGAGGUGAGAAGAGCCGCUGUCAUUGCUGGGUUGUGCAUUCAAGACGAUGAGAAUCAGAGGCCAAGCAUGAGUGAAGUGAUAAAGAUACUGGAAGGCACGAUGGAGGCUUCUGUGCCACAAAUUCCAAGGUCUUUACAGGUCCUAGGAGGUCAGGUAGACGACAAUGAUAGCUGCAGUCAACAUGUUUCCAUAGCAAAUGGUUCCGUAUAUACAAAAUAG